AUGAUGUUCACCUUGUUCGUCAAGGAGAUUCUCCCCGCCCUCCACGACCCCACGAACCCGUACAACAGCCAGCACCGAUACGUUCUCAUGUCCCUCGCCGACGUCAAGAGCAUCCUCCUGCUCCCCGAGAUCCACGGCGCCGACGAGCUCAUGCUCCGUCUCUUCAACUCGAGCUUCGACGGCGUCUCGGCCAGCUCCAAGGCGCCGACGGAGGAGCAGGUGGCCAAGGACGUCGAGAUCCACCUGACCGACAUGCUCAUGGAGCUGAUCGAAGAGUCCCCCGGAAGCAUGCCCGCGAGCGUCAUCGACGCCAUCAUCAGCCAGUUCCUACGCGUCGCCCUGCCCGGCGGCGGCCGCGGCAAGGAGAAGAGCGACAAGCAGUCGACGCUGCUGCAGAAGACCGAGCCGGCCGCCUACGUCAUGGCCAAGAACAUCUGCAACGGAUGCGCCGACAAGAUGUCGCGCUACGUCAGCCAGUACUUCAGCGACGUCAUCCUCAACGCCUCGGGCUUCGCCACCAAUGGCAACGGCCGCCACGGCGAGGACUCGGACGAGGAAGACGGCGCCGCCGGGCCGUCCGAGGGCGACCUCAAGAGUCUCCGCCAGGCCCAUCUCCUCAUCCGCGAGCUCUGGAGGGCCGCGCCGACCAUUCUGCAAAACGUCGUCCCUCAGCUCGACGCCGAGCUCUCGGCCGACAACGUUCACCUGCGACUCAUCGCCACCGAGACCUUUGGCGACAUGAUCGCCGGCAUCGGCGCCGCCGGGCCUCCGCCGCCGCCCGUCCUCGAUCCCACCGCCUACCCCCCCUUGCGUCUGGCCGAGGAGGGGUCGUCGCCGGAGCCGGUCGAGGGCAACGUCCUGACGACGCCCUACUCGCCCCAGUCCUUUGCCCAGUCGCACCACGGGACCUACCGCAACUUCGUCGGGAGGAAGAACGACAAGGUCGGCACCAUCCGCGCCGCCUGGGUUUCCGCCGCCGGCCGCAUCCUCUCCACCUCGGCCGGCGGCAUCGGCCUGAGCCGAGAGGACGAGGGCGAGCUCGUCAAGGGCUUGGUCGAGAAGCUCAACGAUAGCGAGGAAAAGGUCCGCUUGGCGGCCGUAAAGGCCAUCGAGCACUUCGAGUUCCGAGAUGCCGUCGCCAAGCUUGGCGUCACCGGCGGCGUCGACAAGGAAGGCUCCGUCUUCGCCAGCCUCGCCGACCGAUGCCGCGAUCGCAAAGCCGCCGUGCGCGUCGAUGCCAUGGUCCUCCUCGGAAAGCUCUGGGCCGUCGGGGCCGGGGAGAUCGCCAACGGGCAAGAGGCCGCCGCCGCCUGCCUCUCCGGCGUCCCCUCGCGCAUCAUCAACGCCUUCUACGCCAACGACCCGGACCUCAACAUCCUGCUCGACCGCGUCAUGUUCGAGUGCCUCGUGCCCCUCAAGUACCCCCUCAUCAAGGGCAAGGCCGCCAAGGGCUCCUCCCAGGCGUCCGCCUCCCAGGGCAAGGGUGCCGCCGAUCAGGACAGGAUCCGCGCCGAACGCAUUCUCCUCAUGCUCAAGUCGCUCGACGUCUCGGCGAGGAAGGCCUUCUUCGCCAUGCAGGCCCGCCAGCCCCAGUUCGCCAAGGGCACCGCCAUGUUCAUCCAGCAGUGCGAGGCCUACAACGGCGGCGUCGUCGAGGCCAACGAGGACAAGGUCAAGGCCGGCCUGGACAAGACCCUGCAGUGGCUCGGCGCCUUCUUCCCCGACCCGCUCAAGGUCCGCAACGAUCUUCAAAAGUUCGCCAAGCUGAACGAUCGCCGCAGCUACCAGCUCGUCAAGUACGCCAUCGAAUCCGAGAGCGACUUCAAGACGGUCCGACGCGCCAUCAACGAGCUCAUCGCCAAGAUUCAGGCCGGCUCCGCCUCCGGCUGCUUGGAUACCCUGAUCCCCCUCCUGUAUCGCUCGAGCUGUCUCAUGUUCAACCGAAGCCACCUGGCGACGAUCAUGGACUACUCGAAAAGCGACAAGGACGGCCUCGCCGGCGUCGCCCAUCUCGUGCUCAACGACAUUUCGCAACGGAACCCCGAAAUCUUCAAGGCCCACGCCGAGGAGCUGCGCAAGGAGAUCAUCGAGCAGGCGCCGACGGCCGCGAGGACAAACGACGCCUCCGUCACUGACAUCCUCAAGGCCUACUCCUCCUAUUCGAAGAGGAACUACACGGAGAUCAGCUUCGACAGAGCCUUCACCCAGACGCUGACCAGCUACGCCAUCCACGGCUCGCCACCCAAGGCCGCCAAGUACGCCGUCAACAUCGUCCUCGCCAAGAACGACGACAAGAGCAGGGUCGCCGCCACCAACCUCCUGAGGGCCGUCAUGAAGGGCCUGAGCUACGGCAGCCCGCACUUUCUCGCCAAGCUGGCCGCCAUCAGCCAGCUCGAGCGCCUCGCGCCGACCGUCACGUCCGAUUCCGGGGAUGCCAUCCACGACCUGACCAUCAAGAAGAUCCUACGAGAGGUGCGAACCGAUGCCAGGGGAGACUCGGACCCCUCCUGGGUCGAAGACGCCGACAUGGACGAGGAGAUUCAAGCGAAGUGCUGGGGUCUCAAGAUCCUGGCCAACCAAGCGUUGGCGAACGAGGACGAAGCCGACGCGGUGGAGAGAGUCAAGGUCGUGUUCAAGCUCCUCAAGACCUUUGUCGCCAACGAGGGCGAGUUCUGCAAGACCAAGGACACGCCCCUGCACCACCGAAAGCGGCUGCGGUUGCUCGCCGGCACCCUGAUGCUGAAGCUCUGCACGGUCAAGAAGUACGACGACCAGCUCGACGCGGCAAGCUUCAACAAGCUUGCCGAACUAGUCCAGGACAGCGAGCUCCAAGUUCGCCGACAGUUCAUGGAGAAGCUCCAGAACUACCUGACACGGGCCAAGCUGCGCGCAAGAUUCCACACCGUCCUCUUUCUUGUCGCCUUUGAGCCUGUCAAGGAGCUCCAGAACCGGGUGGAGACGUGGAUCCGAUCUCGCGCUCGGUACUACGCCGAGAAGAAGCAGCAGAUAUUCGAAGCUCUCAUGGGGCGAUUGAUUCCGCUGCUCGCCCACCAUCCCGAUUAUGCUGCCGGCGCCGACGACCUCGCCGACUUUGCCCACUACUUCAUCUUUUACCUCGGAGCGAUUGCGACCGAGGAAAACAUCUCGCUGAUUUACAAGUACGCCGAGCGAGUCAAGCAGACGCGAGACAGCCUCAACGUGGACGCCAGCGAAAACCUGUACGUGCUCAGCGAUCUGGCCCAGGCGGUGAUUCGCAAGUUCCAGGAGAGGAGGAACUGGAGCUUCCAAGCCUGGCCGGGAAAGGUCGGCCUUCCGACGGGACUGCUCACGGCCCUACCCUCGAGCGAGAUUGCGCAGCAAAUUGCCAAGAAGCAGUACAUUCCGGACGAGUUGGACGAACGGUUGGAUGACCUCAUCCGAGCUGCCGACCGCAAAAAGAAGCGCAAGUCGAUGAACGAUGGGACGGAUCCACCUGCGAAGAGGGCGAAGACCCAGAUCAGUGCGGUGAUUCGGGAGCGUGGUAUCGCGAAGCCCAAGGCGACCAAGGUCGCGAAGAAAAAGGCAGCGCCCAAGCCGAAGGCGGCACCGCGUCCGAAGAAGCAGGUAUCAUCUCCCUCCUUGCCGGAAUCGGAACGUCGUCGUAGCAGUCGCGCCCACGCAGCGACGGCCUACAAGGAGCGCGACGAUGAGGAUGACGAGGAGGAGAUGUUGGACGGCGUGGCGGAGUGGACGUAUGAAGACGGAGCUUCGGACGCCGAUCGCCGCCCCGAAGCCAGUGAGGAAGAAUCGGACGGAGCGUCGGCGGCUGAUGUCGAGGGAGGGGAGCUUAGCGAGGAAGAGGAAGCAGCGCCGUCGAAGAGGAACGGGCGAAAAGCAGCUGCCACGAAGGCCAAAGGCAAGCCUGCCGACAAGGUCAAGCGACAAGUCACUCAAGCCGACAAGGGCAGGAAAGCGACGACGCGACCUCGCGGUCGCGGGGCGGCAAGGGUUUCGGAGGAUGUCGACAUGGAUGUCGACGACGUGGACGACGACGAGUGA